AUGAUAAACAAGUAAUUAAAUUAGUAACAAUCAUUACAGUAAACGAUUAGAAAUAUUCUUUGUCUUAGACAAUCUAAGUAUAUAAGAUACUUCAAUUAGAAAGUACUUGAUCUUAUAUGAAAUAGUAGAUGUCUCGAGGGCUAGAUGUAUUACCAAAUUAAUGGAGAUCAGCCAUAAGUGAAAAGAAGAAUAACUCCAAAUUUAUUAAAAGGAAGAGAUAAAAAAUGAACCUAUCAAAGAAAUCACAACAUAACUCUCAAUAUCAUCUUAGAGAAGGAGAGAAUUUUAGAUUUAAAAAGUGA